AUGACGGGCCAAGAACAAGGGACAACGCCCAUGACGUGGCAACGUCAUGGGCCAAGGAACGGCGACGAGCGCCCAGCAGUGGCACGCGACAACGACGACACGCGACAACGACAACGACACACGACAACGACGACGACACGCGACAACAACGAUGCAACAACGAUGACAACGACGACGCGCGACAACGACGACGACACGCAAGCACGACGAUACGCGACAGCGCCCACCACCGCCAACGCCAACACGGAACAGCGACGAGGGCCCAGCAGCACCACCCCUCCCCUCCACUCUCUCCCCCCAUCACUACCUCCUCUCUUCACCACUCCCUCUGCCCACUCUCUCCCCCCUUUCCCCCCUCCCCCUUUCCUUGCUCCCUCCCCCUCCAUUCCUCUCUUCCCCCCUCCCUUUCCCUUCCCCCUUCCUUGA